AUGAGAGCAGCCCAAAGUAGGCAGAAGAGCUACUAUGAUAAGAGAAGAAAGGAUCUUGAAUUUGCUAUAGGUGAUCAUGUAUUUCUGAGAGUCACUCCGUGGACUGGGCUCAGAAAAUAUGUCCAUGAUCUGUCGCACGUGAUCGAAUUAGACAAUGUCCAAGUGAAAGAGAACUUCACAUAUGAAACACAACCACUGAGGAUCGACGAUCGUAUGGUUAAGCAGCUAAGGGGGAAAGAGAUUCCCUUGGUCAAAGUAGUAUGGGGAAGUGCUUCGGGUGAGGAUGCCACCUGGGAACUAGAGGGUCAGAUGCGUGAUGCAUAUCCUACCUUAUUCGAUACCGGUAAGUUUCAGGGGUGA